UUAAGCUAGAAAAUAGUUGCUCGGAAGCUACUAUGGUCACAUAUACCAAAAUUGUUUGUUAUUUGGAACACUUAGAUCUAGCAAUUAUUAAACCAGAAGUUCUUUUAGCAUCUGUUUGGCAAUAUGAAUUUCCAGGAAAAAUUAAAUUCAUGAUAGAUGAUUUCAUAGAGAUGUAUAAAGAUCUGAGACCUGACUUUGAUCCUGUAUCUGUGGAUAUCCAGGAAUCUGUAGAUAUUCAGAAACUUGCAGAUAUCCAGAAACAUGCAGAUAUCCAGGAACCCACAGGUAUUCAGCAAAAAAAAAAGAAAAAACAUUUUAACAAAAAUACAACUUUAUCAUCAGAAGCAUUAAAUGAUAAAAAUAGUAAUGGUUGCAAUUAUGAUUAUAUAACUAAUAAACAUGAUUAUAAUUAUAUAACUAAUGAACAAGAUAAUGAUUAUGUAACUAAUGAAUAUGAUAAUGAUCAUGUAACUAAUGAACAUAAUGAUAAUCAUGUAACUAAUGAACAUAAUAAUGAUUAUGAAGAUAGCAAUAUACCUAAAAAUGGGUUAAGCAUAAAUCAAGCUAUUAAGCCUAACCUUAAAGAUCUUUAA